UCACAUUAAACAAGCUAUAUCUUAAAAACAAAUCAGAAACAUUAUCUUAUCGACACUGCGCCCGCCUGAAAGUGCUUUUUGAGCAUGCGAUCGUGAAAAUACGGCCAUUAAAAACCCACUAUGCUGCUGCUGGAGCUGAACAUUCUGACGCUGAACAUUUGGGGCAUCCCAUAUGUGUCCAGCAAUCGGGGACCUCGUAUCGAAGCGAUCUGUAAGGAACUUGCCAGCGGGAAAUAUGACAUCGUUUCCUUACAGGAGGUGUGGACCCAGCAGGAUAGCGAGCUACUCCAGAAGGCCACCCAGGCAGUUCUACCCUAUGCUCACUACUUUCAUAGCGGAGUAAUGGGAGCUGGACUGCUGGUGCUAUCAAAGUACCCCAUUCUGGGCACCCUGUUUCAUGCGUGGUCUGUCAACGGCUAUUUCCAUCGCAUCCAGCACGCAGAUUGGUUUGGCGGCAAGGGAGUGGGUCUCUGCAGGAUUCUGGUUGAGGGCCAAAUGGUCCACCUGUACAAUGCUCACUUGCAUGCCGAGUACGACAACGCCAAUGACGAGUACAAAACACAUCGAGUCAUCCAGGCGUUCGAUACGGCCCAAUUCAUCGAAGCCACGAGGGGUAAUUCGGUGGUGCAGAUCCUAGCUGGAGAUCUGAACGCCCAGCCGCAGGACAUCUCUUACAAGGUGCUGUUGUUCACCUCCAAAAUGCUGGAUAGCUGUGCCUCGGACACUUUCAGGACCAACGAGUGCGAGCACAACUCUUAUACUUCUGCUCGGGCGCUAGCCAAGAACCCGCAGGGCAUAAGGAUCGAUCAUAUCUUUGUGCGCGGGGGCGAUGAGGUCAAUGCUGAGAUAGUGGAAUACACGCUUCCGUUUCCGCAUCGGGUGCCUGGCGAAAAGUUUAGCUUUUCGGACCAUGAGGCGGUGCUGGCCAAGCUGAAACUAACCAGGAUCACAGCUGCUACCCAACCUGAGGUGGCUACGAUUGAGGUAAACUGUCAGGUGGUGGGCGAGGAAACCUGUUCAGUGCAAGAAAACCACUCUGGAGAGCCGCAGGAUAUGCCAUGCCCCAAUGGCUCUACUCCUAUAGAAUCUCAGCCAGCUGCCCGAACUGCCGCCCUACACGAAGCCCUGGAACUGUGUGAUGCUUCCCUGCUCCAGCUGAAUACGGAUAGAAUACUCUACUACAGUGCCGCCACCUUCCUGUUCGUCCUCCUUGUACUUUUGGUUGAAUUUACGGCUCCCGUUGGCAUGCGCACCAUAUUCUUGCUGCUUAAGUUCAUCGUGUUCGGGGUCAUACUUUUCUGCAUUUUUAUGGCCUCCAUUUGGAACUACAUGGAGCGAAACGGUGUGCUCCAGGGCAAGAAGUCAAUGGAGGUGAUGCUUCAUCAUGCCCAGAAGUACGAGUAUUUCUAUUGAACUCCGUUUGGUAUUCCGUCACAAUUACUUUCCCCUCAGCUCAAGGCGCAUUUAAAAUCUAA